AUGGUCAACAAGGACUAUACUCAAAGACAUAUAGAAGACGAUGAAGUAGAUUCCCGCAGCGACUCCCAUGAUAUUGCAAAGAUUGGCAGCGUCUAUCCAAAUCUGGCAGCGUUGAUGCUCUUCCUUGACGAAUCGGAUUACAGGCAAUUCGAUCUGGCGAGCGAUCCCAGCUCCUCUUUGUUCAUAUCUGCUUGUGGCGAGACUAUAAUUCAGGCUCUCAAACAUGUGGCAGCUUGGAGGACGGUACUUCAGCGGCUGAUGAGCAGAUCAGAUCAGUUCCAAGGCUGGCACGGCAUCUUGCAGCGCCAGACGAGUAUAGGGGGUAUGCAGCCUGAGCGAAGCCGUCCCCCUGUUAUACAAAACCCAGUGGGAGUAAUGAUGGAUGCCAUUUUCAAGGAAUUCGAGCAAGUAAAUUGUGGCAUGACCCAUGAGGUCAAGCUGAGGGUGUUGGAUGAGCUGCACACUGCCGAAUCACAACACCUGAAGAUUGAGAUGCUCAUAUCCGGUUGCCAAUCCGAGUGUGAUUGGCAAGAAGCUAUCUGCGACUCUAUACAAGCUCCAACUAAUCUCGAGAAGAUAAACAACAUCUGCAUUGCUAUACAUGAGUCAUGGAAGCAGCGUACAAAGCUCCGCCUCUUCUUCGACCAAAGAGGAGUAUUUGACAUCACGGCUGAGGAACCGCCUAUUGCCUCCUCUAUUCAUGAAUAUGAAGAAGAAGCUCUCAACUCGUUGCUAGACAAGAAUAUGUUUCGCCCUAUUAGCCCCGGCGCUUACCUGCGCGGACUGGCAAUAGAAAGAUUCGACCACCAGGAAAAGACAUCGCUGGCAUUGGCCCUUGCUCGAUGUCUGAUGGUAUUCUUCGACAAAAGCCUGGAGCGUGCUGCUUGCAAUUGGAAUGCCGAAAGCAUAUUCAUUAUGCGCUCUGCACGCCGUCACGGACAGCCGCCCUGGUGGCAUAUCCUGGUGAGAUCUCACACGCGAGACUCAACGCACCACAACAUACACGACAAAAUCGGGCCUGGCAAUCCAGUGCUCCUUUCAUUUGCCAAGUUGCUGCUGGAAAUUGUCAAUGGUGAGAAGAUACAGCUUGACGUCGACCACAAGAACACUGCUCGGAACAUUGGAAACUGGGCACAGAUGUGUGGGUACGUGGAGGAGGCGCGACAGGACCGAAACAGUUUCUAUCUUCAAGCUGUGCAAGGAUGCUUAUAUCUACAUAUGCAUUUGCAAAAAGGCGUACAUGAGCAAGUCCCACUGUCUGGCGCCGCCAUGAAGGAGGUCAUUUACGAACAGAUUGUUCUCAACCUCGAGAAGGAGCUUCAUCCGGAAGGGCUCAAACGGGGCCUCGAGAAGGAGGUUCACCCGGAAGGGCUCAAACGGAAACGCAGAGGGUCCUUCUUCGAAACGCCUUUUUUCCAUUCUGUGAAUGCGACGACUACUGUUGCCCCGCCGGACCGCGACCACUUCAGCGUUGCCAUCAUCUGCGCCAUUGCAACAGAAUACAAUGCCGUUUGUCACAUAUUCGACGAAUUUUGGGAUGAGGAAGGGGAUCAAUUUGGGAGAGCGGCGGGAGAUCUCAACACGUACACAACAGGCCGCAUUGGGAAGCAUAACGUCGUCCUAGCCCUACUCCCACGGAUGGGCAAAUCGAAUGCCGCCUCUGCUGCCGCUGGUUUCAGGUCGAGUUACAAUAAUAUCGAGCUGGCGCUGCUCGUGGGCGUGUGCGGAGGCGUGCCUCGUGUUGGAGGCUAUGUGGAAGACGAGAUCCUGCUUGGUGAUGUGGUCAUUGGCAAAUCUGUUGUCCAGCACGACUUUGGCAGGAAGUACCCCAACGGAUUCAUACGCAAGGCUUCUUUCGAAGAAAACCUCAGCAAAGUGCCAAAGAACAUCCAAAACCUCUUGAACACUUUCGAGACUGACCGAGGGUUGGAGCUGCUUCAGAGUCAAACAGCCAAGUUCCUAUUGCAGCUGCAAAAGAAGGGAAAAGGUAGGAAUUGUCGACCGCCUACAAAGUACAGUUACCCUGGGACAGCCAAAGACAAACUGUUCCACUCAGAUUAUCGUCACAAGCAUCGCGGCUCACGAGCACAUCUUUGUACUAUCUGCAGUAGUAGCGCUGACGCUGUCUGCGAAGAGGCCCUGAACGCCACUUGUGAGGAGUUGGGGUGCGAAGAGAGCUUCAACAUACGCAGGGAACGCCUCCAAGAGAGACAAGAGCUUGAACAGGGCAGCCAAGAAGAAGCACAAGAACCAGCAAUCCACAUUGGCGCCGUGGCAUCAGGCGACACAGUCCUCAAAUCAGGCGAAGACCGCGAUAGGAUUGCGAAGAAAGAAGGCGUAAUAGCCUUUGAGAUGGAGGGGGCAGGCAUCUGGGAAGAGAUUCCAUGCAUCAUUGUCAAGGGAGUUUGCGAUUAUGCGGAUUCUCACAAGAAUAAGAAGUGGCAAGAUUUUGCGGCUGCGACGGCGGCGGCUGCUGCGAAAGCUCUUUUACAUCGAUACCCCAAGACAGAAAAGGCGAUAUAUGUGUGA